AUGACUCGAGAUUACCUUAAUGUCCCGACAACAUCGGGUUCAAGGUCCAAGGAGCAAAAAACAUUGUUGCAUCCACCGACAUAUGAAAGAGUAGACUCUCAAUCACAGGAUUCAGCUAGUAUGGAUUUUGAUCUAGAGUCAGAAAAUUACGAAUCACAUAGUGAUAACGACACAGAAUUUGAGAAUUCAACCCAUUUUUCAAGUGAUAUGGAUUUCGAAGAUAUCGAUUCCUUUAUGGAAAGAGGAAAUAUACCAGAAUCAUUAAGUAAGUUGAAAUAUAUCCAAUAUAAAUUGAAUCGUACGUUAAUACGACCUGUCCAAAAGAAUAUAGUCAAUCCUUUAAACGAAAUGCAACUAGUUAUGAAUAAUGAAAUCGAUAGAUACUUGAAUCGUUUUGGGAACCCUUUGAUCUUGAAAAGAUUUAUUUAUAUUGCCAUUAUGACUAUUAUGCUUUGGGUGAUCGUAUUUUUCGGUGAUUUUGCUACAGGUAUAGCUAAGGGUUCAAAAGGUUCAUUUUCAAGUCAACGAAUAUUGUUUGAUUACUCCAAAAAAGUUAUAAAUUUGAAAAAAUUUGAAACUGAUCUUGAAUAUUUAUCUAGUAUACCUCAUGGUUCAGGUACCAAAGGUGACAUAUUAUUAAAGAAUUAUAUUAUGAAAUCUUUUGAAAAACAAGAUUUAGACCAGGUGUUUGAAAAUGAAUUAAAGACUUAUUCCAAUUACCCAACAAAUAACUCAACUCUAUCCGUGUUCCAUACCAAUUUGAAACAAUUAACUACUAUAGAAUUGACAGAAGAAAAUUAUACCCCAUUAACCAUCAAUGGUGACUUAAAAAAAUUAAGUUUAAUAUAUGGACAUUAUGGGACUGACGAAGAAUUGAAGCAGUUACAUAAAAUUUCCGUGCUGGGAAAACAUACAGGUAAUUAUAUCUUACUCGUAAAGUACAAUAAGGAAAUAAUAGUAAGUGAACAGAUUCUAACCGCACAGAAAUAUAACGCCAAGGGAAUUAUAUUUAUUUCCCAAGAUUAUAACGGUAACAUGGAUGUAUUGCAAAUGAAAUCUGCUGGGCUACCACAGUAUGCUACAGGUGACAUAUUGACCCCAGGAUACUACGGGAGUAAAGUUAACGGUAUAAGUCCCGAAGAUUCUAAGUUGCUAACAAACAUUCCUAUUGUAACAUUAACUAGAAACCAAGGUGAAUUAUUAUUAGCUAAACUUUCCAGAACUGGUUUACUUUAUAAAGAUGGAAAGUACAGUGGUAAUAUAAAUGAUCUAAGAAUCGAUUUAAAAAGUGAUACAAUUGAAAAGAGAAGACAGCCUGUUUAUAAUAUUAUUGGAAGAAUUGACGGAAGAGAACAAAAUGAUAAGGCUAUUAUUAUUGGUUCAGCAAGAUCUGUACAUGGACCUGGGGCUUCAUAUCCCAAUUUCGGUACAGCAACCCUAAUGAAUUUGGCUGAAAUAUUCCAAAAUUUAAGAUAUAGAUUUAAUUGGAGGCCCCUUAGAACCAUAUACUUUGCAUCCUUCGGUGGCUCUGAGUUUAAUUUCGCUGGUUCCACUGAACAAGUCGAAUUAGAUAUGAUGCCUAUCCAUGAUGGUGUCUAUUCUUAUAUUGACAUCUCUCAGCUAGGUUUAACUGACGAGAUCAAUAUUCAAACAAAUCCAUUGAUGUCAUCACUGUUUAACAUGGAGGCUAAAUAUAUGCGAACAUUCAACGUAACGACAUGUCCUAUUCAACAAUAUGGUGAUUGGAUCCCAUUUAUUGCUAAUGGUGUUCCCUCAGCAGCUCUUGGAUCCCCAGCUGUUAAAAAGAGGAUGUUACCGAUAGAAACCAUUGAAGACACAUUUGAAAUGAUUCACCAGUUACUCCAAGAGAAAGAAAAUCAGGACAAUGUUAAAGACAUUAUUUUCUAUCUGGUCGAAAUUAUUUUGAAACUUGUAGAUGAUCCUAUCAUUCCGUUUGACUUAUUAGAUUAUGUUCAAGAAAUAGAUACGUCGGUCCAAUCGAUGUUAAAGUUGUAUAAACAUAAGAUCGAUCUGGCAGCUAUGCUCAGAAAUAUACUAAAAUGGAAAAAGACAGCUUAUUCAUGGAAUUUAUGGCUAAAUCAUUGGAAAGAUACGGUUUGGCGAAAAGGCACCAGCUCUGAAAAUGAAGAAAAUAAAGAAAACAGAUUACGUUGGAAUGAACAUUUAAGUAAGAUUAACAAACUGAUGUGUGAUGAGUAUGGUAUCCCCAAUAGAAAUUUUUAUAAGAAUGUUCUAUUUGGCCCACCUUUAUGGAAUGAAAAGUUUUUCAAGUCUCAUGAUUAUAACCCAUGGAGUUUCCCUGGUGUGAAGGACGCAAUUAGUACACAUGAUUGGAAACAGGCGAAUGAUGAAGUCAGAGUUAUUGGACAAAUGUUUUCUGAUUCGUCCGAAGAGUUCAUGAAGGAUUUAAAAAUUCUGGUUUGA